AUGGCUCGCGUUUGUUGUCUCAUUUUUCUCCUCUUGCUGUCGUGUCUGCUCCUUGCAGAAGCCGGGAAAAGGGAUCGCGGGGAACGGGUACGAAUACGAAAGAAGCCCAAAGGCGGACAGUGCGAACGAAUCAAGGAAAACCUCUGCAUCGGUUCCGGGCUGCCUUACAACCGGACCCGUCUGCCCAACGUGUUUGGCCACAACAAGCAGAAGCUGGUUGGACGAGCCCUGCAGGAAUACCGUUCCGUGGUGGAGUCUGGAUGUUCACCGUACAUCCGAGCGUUCCUGUGUGCAUCGUUCCUGCCGGAGUGCCCGAGACGUAAGAGACAGGAUCCACUACAGCCAUGCCGGUCACUCUGCGAAAACGCUAGACGUGAUUGUGAGCAGACCCUCAACGCCCACGGCCUGCCAUGGCCGGACGAGCUAGGCUGCGAUACGCUACCGGAAUCUAAACCCGGCGACAAGCGGGAGAAAUGCAUCAACUUCGAACCACCAAAACCAGAUUAUUGCAGCCUCCAUAAGGAUGUUGGCCCCUGCCGGACCUACUAUCCGUUCUGGUACUUUGACUCGGGUGCCAAAGCCUGCCAGCCGUUCACGUACGGCGGUUGUCUGGGCAAUCAGAACAGGUUUUCUACGAAAGAGGAAUGUCUGCGAACAUGCGGCAACGGGGUUCGCGAAACAGUUAUCGACGACGACGACGACGACAUGAUGACAAACGACAAACCGCAGCUGGAGGCGACAUCGCGGGCUCCCCUCGCUACUAUAUCAAUCUCCGCUGCUACGCUACCAGUCAUUGACAGGCGCCCUCUAGACUCCAUGGUAGCCGAGGGUCAAGGGUCAACUCUAAGAUGCCACGCUGAGGGUGCUGUUGAGUACACGUGGUCUCGUGUUGGCGGGUCAAUGCCCGAAGCCAAGAUCGCCAGCGAAAUGGUGGUUCUGGAUGAAGCGAUAUUGGUUCUGCACAAUCUUACAACACAAGAUUCUGGAUUUUACAAAUGCUCAGCGGAAAACGACCACGGGGUCACUGAGGCUACGGCAAAGAUAACCGUCAUGGCCAUUCCACGUAUCGUCCAUGUGUCCGGUAACGUAACACUGUCGAAGGGAGACCCAUUUGAGCUGAUAUGCAAGGCCGCUGGAACGCCCCAACCUCGAGUCACGUGGGAACGAAAAGAUGGGAAGCGUGUGCUAAUGAGGCGCAAUGGUACAAUAGCCGUGCUCGCUGUGGAAUCUUCCAGCAUCUCAGACACAGGAACGUACAUCUGCCGUGCGGCAAACUCACUGGGUUCAAGAACCGAAGCGGUCAGCGUCCGGAUACUAGUGCCCGUUAGGUUAUACCUCCCACCCGUGAAAACAACCAUGAGCAAUAUUGGGGAGACGGUCACGUGGUCAUGUGCAGCUUCCGGUUUGCCGCAGCCGAGCAUCCGGUGGGAGAAAAUUGGAGGCGACCUACCAGGGGACAGAAUCAGCCUGGACGGUAUGAUGGAGACUGGCGUGGACGGAUCGAGUGCCGUCAAGUCAAAGUUGACCCUUUCUGACCUCCAACAAAACGAUACUUCACAAUACAGAUGCAUUUCCAAAAGCACUCUUGGAAACGAAAGCAGUAUUUUCAGUUUAACAGUAAACGGAUCCAGAAUGCAGGACGACUUCCCUCAUCGCAAACCUGUCGCUAUGAGGGCGGUAUACACCAUUGUACCACCCCGAUGGGAAGAAAAACCGUUCGGUAAAACGGUCAACCAAGGGGACGAGGUGUCAUUCGUCUGUAAACCACGUGGUACAGAGCCAAUCAGCAUCAAGUGGCGUGUUUCGAAAGGGAAUACGGAUGUCGAGGCGAAUCGCAGCUUGGAUCUAGAGGAUUUCCCGCGCUAUACCGUCACAGAGGACAAGCAGACGUUCCGCAUUGCCAACGUACAGCCGGAGGAUGAAGAACUUACCUACCAUUGUGACGUCUCGAACGAAGCGGGCGCUAUCACGGCGAGCGCUCAACUAGAAGUUGUUGAACUCUGGCAGCUGCCGGCAAUUUCGACGCCCCUACCAAACAUGACGGCGUUCGUCGGCGAGGAUGUGCGCAUGUCCUGUGAAACCUCGGGAGAUCCCGAGCCACAGGUCACGUGGUUCCUGGAGGAAAUAGCCAUCGAGACGCUGAUGGACGAGCGCUUCGAGGUCAGCGAGAACGGGAAUGAACUUCUCGUGAAGAACGUGAAUCUACGAGACGCCGGAAGCUACCGCUGUGUGGCGGCAAAUGUGAACGGACUUAAGAGUGCACAGGGGCGUCUGCGUGUUGUAGAGCCUAAUCUUAAGCUGACCACCGGUCUCUCCAACUCCACCGUCGAAGACAGCCAGCCUCUCAACCUCGUCUGUGCAGCCUCGGGUGAUCCAACCCCCGAGGUCACGUGGUUCUUCAACGACAAGCCAAUCAACGUCACGGCCCAGCCCUCCUACGUCAUCGAUGGAGGCAAUCUGAUGGUGGAUGCGAUGACGUCACGACAGGAGGGAAAAUAUGGCUGCCUGUUCAGCAACGACUUCUAUGUGGUUUCCUCCAUUGCUAUGGUCAACAUCACCAAGAAAGUAAUGACUACCCAAGCUCCCGCGGAACCUAGAGUAGGAUUCAACGUAACUACAUCACCAAAUGACGUCAUAGUUGGGCCCUCCGGCGCGCCUGACACCGAUGGAACAGCGUGCAGACCAUGCCAAGAAACUCAGAUUGUACCAUCUUGCUCCGACGGGCAGAAAGCGGAGAUAAAACCACGUCGCUAUGACAUCACAGACGCUGGCUUGAAGGGCUACUUCCGGGGAUGGGUGGACGUCACUGGACAGGGCGCCGCCAACGAUUACUGCCGGAUUGUCAUGACGGCAACCCGUGGCUUAGUGGACACCACCAUGCAGUUGGCAUGUGCACUGGCGGGUACCAGCGGACACAGCGAAUACAACUACGUAUCCGGGGAGACGUUCACCGUUGGGCAGAUGGACACGUGGUACAUGAAAGACGAAGAUGGCGAUGGGAAAGAUGACUAUUGCAGAUGCGUGAGUGACGGGGGACCGGACGGGCAGUUUGUGUACUGCACCAAGGCAGGCAUUGGUGGGUUCCAUGGUGCGCCGGGCGUAGGAGAGUCACAAUACUCAUUCAAGGCACCGGGCGACCGCCGGCUUCUUCGGAAGUGCCGCAAACGGAAAGUCGAUCCGUUCUUCGGAGUGGCAAGCCUUGCCGAUAACUGAAUAUAUUCUGCCUCGUCAGAGGAGUGGACUUGAAAGCUGCGUUUUUCGGAAUAAAAUUUGUGACGAGGAAAACAAUUAUAGACUGACUGACGGUUUUGUCCUCAACUUUGAUAGCAGUCAUGGAAAGGAUGAUUUUGUUUCUUGGUUUGGAAAUAAGUGCUACCAUUACACUGGAGUCUGUGAUACUGUAUGUUAAGUUGUGUUUUAAAGUUUACAGGACACAUUAUCGUUCGUCAGCGGAAACUUUGUCACACAAGUAAUACCUCGGAGCAGCCGAAAUUGACUAUACUAAGUAUUUAUAUUUAAUUCGAAUCGAUUAGCUUUACAUUCAUAAUUAUGUUUUCUUGUGGUUUUAAUUUUAAGUAAAUAGUAAUAUUAAUUAACAGUUUACCAUUAACGGUCGGAUAGAUUUAAACGAAAUGGUUAGACUUCUUCUGACCUCGAUUUACCGUAUUUUGUCUCUAGCGCCCUCUGUUGAUAAUACUUAUACUAGUUCUACGAACAUUUUUUUUUGGCGGGGGGGGGGGGUAGCUGAAAGCUAAUCUGUGAUGAGAUCUGUGAAGCCCUUUUAUUUUUCCCUGCUGUCCCAUCAAAAUAAAUAGUCAAAUCGAUGCUGGAAUGACAUAAUAUUGUCUGACCCCAUGUUGAUAUAAUUUGAAUCGAUAUUCAAUAUUGCUAUCCGACGAAUGGAACGCGCCGAAAAUUGCAUUAGCUUGGUUCAAACAAACACAAUUUACAGUCUUAAAAAAAGAAAAAUUGUGAUUGUA